AUGAGCAUCGUCAAGGAGGAGAUUAUCGACGAUGAGGCCCACCUCCCUUGCAUCAACGGCCGCGUCGUCUCCUGGCUGGUGUCGGCAGAUGGCAGCACAAUUGACGGCUCACAGUGCGGCGACCCGGUGGGCGCCAUGUCGGAGCUGGCACGGCCGCCGGGUGACGCCACCGAGACCGAGUCGACCGUCAGCGGCGUGAGAGGCCACGGACACCGGCUGGGGCCGCCGCUGCGGGCGCCGCAGGCUGGCCGCUACCACUCAGCCGGUCAGAAGCUGAACGGCCAUGCGAGGCACCGGGACCGGCUGUACGACAACAGCUCGAUGCUCAGCUCGGACCUCGAGUCGACCAGCUUCUUCGACUCGGAGGACGACGGCUCCAGCAGGAUCACGUCCACGACAGGGAGCACGUCCGUGUCGCGCGUGCACCGGCGGCACCGGCGCCGCAAGCCGAGGCCGCAGCGGCCCCCGGGCAUGUCGCGCACCUCCUCCUUCUCGUCCAUCACCGACUCGACGAUGACGCUCAACAUCAUCACCGUCACGCUGAACAUGGACACGGUCAACUUCCUCGGUAUCAGCAUCGUGGGCCAGAGCAACAAGGGCGGCGACGGCGGCAUCUACGUCGGCAGCAUCAUGAAGGGGGGCGCGGUGGCGCUGGACGGCCGGAUCGAGCCCGGCGACAUGAUCCUGCAGGUGAACGACAUCAACUUCGAGAACAUGUCCAACGACGACGCGGUGCGCGUGCUGCGCGAGGUGGUGCAGAAGCCGGGGCCCGUCAAGCUGGUGGUGGCCAAGUGCUGGGACCCCAACCCCAAGGGCUACUUCACGAUCCCACGCACGGAGCCGGUGCGGCCCAUCGACCCGGGCGCCUGGGUGGCGCACACCGCCGCCUGCAGAGGCGAGUACUCCGUGGGCGCGCCGUCCACCUUCACACCGACCCACCUCAAAGGCCAGUUCAGCGGGGCCCGGCAGCCGUCCCUCUCGACGCUGACGUCCACCAGCUCGUCGCUGGCCAGCAGCAUGCCUGAGUCGGAGAGGCCGCCGGCCGAGCCGCUCACGGUCGACUCGGGCAUGCUGUCGGUGGCGCGCGCCAUGGCCGCGCCCGACAGCGGCCUGGAGGUGCGCGACAGGAUGUGGCUCAAGAUCACCAUCCCCAACGCCUUCAUCGGCUCGGACGUGGUGGACUGGCUGCACUCGUACGUGGCGGGCUUCGCCGACCGUCGCGAGGCGCGCAAGUACGCGGCCCACAUGCUGCGUGCCGGCUUCAUCCGACACACGGUCAACAAGAACACCUUCUCCGAGCAGUGCUACUACGUGUUCGGCGAUCUCUGCAACAGCUUCUCGGCGAUGAAGCUGGCUGACGAGGACGGACUGAGCGAGGCCGACCGGGACACGCUGGGGCCGCUGCCGCCGCCCAGCGCGGCGCCCUCGCCCUGGGCCGGCAGCCACAUGCCGUACAGCGGCACCUACGUGCCGCCGGCGCAGGGCUACGCUCCCAUGCCAUUCAGCUACACCAACGAGGCGGGCAGCUUCAGCCAGCGAGAGGGAGCUGGCCUUGGCUCGCGGCCGCGUGAGCAGCAGCUCUGA